UUUUCUGUCUAAAAUUGGUGUUAACAUGGAUCCGCUGAAGUUAGAAGGUGCCACAUUAGGACAUAAGCAUCGCAACUAUAAUAAAAUAGUUCAAGAAUGUACCGCGAACCAGACACGGGACGCCCUAGGAGAUAUUGAUUAUAACGAAGAUGACGUAAACAACUUAGUCAAGGUCGAUAUAGCGAGCGCAAACAGGGAUGUAGAUUACAUUUUGGGGAUUCUCAAGGGCAAUGACAUGUUGUACGUCUCACGUGCACUCAAACGGAGUCUUUGGCUCAUUACCGAUAUCGCUUUUGCUCAUAUUAUAAAUCCAGAAUACUUACAUUCACAUCUCAUCCCGAACAUGAUGGCUAAAGCGGCUAACAAAUUGAUGCUGCAUAUAAGGCUCAACUUACGAGACGAAAAACGUGUCGAAGAUUUUUUCAAUUACUACGAACCCGUUGACUUGAAAACUGCACUUAAGUGGCUGCCACAUUGCUCUAGUACAUUUAUGGAGAUCACUGUCGCAAAAUAUUCUAAUGAAAUAGAUUCAUCACUACUGAAACGCCUUUGCGAAAAAUCACAUCAUAUAUUAGAAGUAUACGUCAGAACAGUAAAGAAUUGGGGCCGCAUCCGCAAUGGAUUUCAGGCGACAAUGUUUUUGUUAAACACGCAUUUAGAUUUUUACCUCAAUGCGAUAGAAACUCAAGCAAAGAAACAAAAACAUGAAUUGCCUCUAUUUAAUGCAAAAUUUACUAAAUUAUUGAUGAAGACAAGCCCUGAACGAAUUUAUCAGAACUUCUGUAAUUACGCAAACAAUAUUCAUAUUCCAACAUUUGUUAAAUUCUUGGAUGAGAAUAAAGUUAAAACGUUUUUACUAUCACAUGUAGAUAUCCAAAACCCUGAUUGGAUCGAUUUCGACAAUGUGCAACAUUUCCUGAAAAGAAUGCCACAAGAAGAACGUGUCAAUUUCAUAAGAGAUAUUUUUGUAAACAAAUGCUUUGUGCCGCAAAAUGAAAUUGUAGAUAAUGACUUCAGUAGUGACGCUGAUGUUGAUGAACCCAAAGAUGACGGGAAUACUGGAAUUAGACUAUUAUACAAAUACGUCCACAGGAGCUGUAGUGGUGACACUAGUGAUUUGUUGAACUGGUGCAAGUGUUUGCCAUUUGACGUAAUUCUAACGGAAUUUAAAGAAAAGAUAAAUAACACUACUGACGAUUAUGAUAGGAACUAUAUGUUCCGCCGGUUAACUCAAGUCGUUGAUAACGACUUGAGACAUUUGGAAACCUUAUUGCAAUAUUAUAACGAUAAUCAUUUAAAAGACUCCAAAGACAACAAAGUUGAAUUCGUUCAUAACUUACUUCACCGACCCACCAACAUCCUUAGUUAUGACUCGAAGUGUUGGGGUCUUUUAAUGAAUAUUUUUAAUGCCAUUGACAUUAACAUUGAAGAGUCGGAAGGCAAAGGCUUUGAUAAUGAUGAUCAAAUUAUAAUUCGAGCUAUAAUUAUUCAUGAAGUGACAAAUAAAAGGGAUGUACCUGAAACAAUUAGUAAACGAUUUAGUUUUUACACUUUUAAGGAAUACCAGAAAAAAAUGGCGGUUCAAGAACAAACAUUGUUAUUUGACUACUUGUAUAAAUAUCUAUCGAAGAAAAUUGAAGAACAAACUUUUGAUGAUAUUCCUUGUUUCGAUAAAAAUGUUGAGUUGAUUGAACUAAUGCUGAGAUUAUUAAAUGAUUGGCAAAAACACCUGCCAAACUAUCCGUAUGUAUUGAAGAAAAUUUACGAGCUAAUCAAAGUUAAACGCGAGAACACCGUAGAGGCCAAACUAUCUUGGAUAUACGACGUUAACAAGAGAUGGAGAAAAUGCAUGUUUGAAGAAUCAAUUCUUCUGUGCGAGUCUGACCGAGUUUGUGUCAAUGCAUUAAAACACGACCCAAGUUUACUUUCGCGAUACGAAAAUGUAGUAGCAAGCAUGCGUUGUAAUGAUGCGGUUUCUUUACAACAAUGCCUCACAAAGCUAAGGAUAUACUGGGCUGAUACAAUUGCCUCUGAAUGGUCCCAAUCAUAUCGAGGAAGACUUACUCAGCCUCUUGGGCAUAAAGCUUUAAUGCGGGGUUUGAGUUUCUUACUACCGGAACGGGAAAUGUCCAUUAUUAUCAACGAAUAUAAACCAGAAGACGCAAAUAUAAACUGGGAAAAGAAUGACGAAGUGCUAGUGAGUUUGAGGAAACACAUUGCUAAAAAUAUGCAUUUCGCUCGACCUCAGCCAACUCCUAACGAUAUUCUAUUAUACGCUAAAGGAGACUAUUUGCAAUUCGCUCUUCCGUCUCUAAACGCAAUUCUCUACAACUUACGCCUUGUCCGCUGCAACGAGCUAAUACCAAAGUUAUUGGACUCUCCAGUAUCAUUACAGAAACAUGGUAUUCGGUUUGCUUUUGCAAAAAUGCCAAGCGAAGAUCUACAAAGAAUUUUCAGUGAACAUUGGAAAACCAUUAAAAACUUAUCGAUUCGAGCGGUUACAUUUAAACUCACUUACGAAAUGCUGUGCAAAGAAAAAUCGAUAUCCAAAAUUGAAGACAUUUGGGGUCUCCUGUCAGUUUUUAUUGACGGACUUACUUUUGAGGAAGACAAAACCAUAUACGAACUCUUAGGAAAGGCAAGAAAUGUACCUGUUAGUGUUAGACCUGCCUUUGUGAUGAGAAGCUACAAGUUUGUAAAAGCUUUGCUUCCAAAGUCGGACUUAGACAAAAAUAAAUACGAACAAACCCUGAAUGGGUUAGUAAGCGAAAUGGAAAAUCUUAUAGAUGCGAUGGAGCCAGAGUUCAUAACUGCGAUUCUACGAGAGUACAUUACUGUCGUCUAUACAAAAGAGCAAACUGAUGAAUUUGUUCAUAAUAAUUUGAUGCCCUUGCUAGCAGUUUUCCUUUGUCGUUCUGCAAGUAUAGAAAUCCAAGCGCAAAGAUACGAAACAGUACUCUUGCUAUUACUGAACCACUCGGUAGCUGUUUGGGCAACAAAAGAUAAAAAUAGCAUUGUGAAAACUAAUUUGAAACAGCUAUUGAGCAUCUUACGUGGACAAAUCAGGCCUCUUGUAGAGAAAGAUAAAAUAGUGCCCGUCGCCAUGUUUGCAAAUAUCCAAAAAGAACUUGAAAAAUCGCUGGAUCACAACGUCGCGUAUCUCACGCUGAGAGAAUGGAAACUGACAGUUGCAUUUACACAACUUGUGCAGGACAGCAAAAUGAAAGUUGAUCGUAGCAAUUACAGUGAAGAGAAUGACUUUUGGAUUGCCAUCUGCAAGGAAGUAGCUCCACAGUUCGGUAAAAUAUGCCUGGACUUUCUGAGAGAGGACAUACGUGCAUAUUUUCCUAGCAUUGACGAAUACUUUACUAAGGCAUUGGGGGUUGUUCUUGACGAUCUCAUUCCAAACCAAGAAGUUCGAUUAGAAAUAUUGAAACACAUGCUAACAGAAGACCUGACACAGUCUUAUUUAGUGUCUAUAAGGAUAUUACCAUCAUACUAUGUAGAUUGCAAGGAGGAUCCAUUACUGAAGUUUCACAAGACAAUUCUAUCCCAUCCCUCCUUGGAGGUAAAAAUGCACUUUUACCAUAAAAAUAAACACUUUAGACAUAUGAACUUGUAACCAGGUGCAUCCACAGCAGCCAUCUAUCUAAUAGGUUAGUUUCCUAUACUUAAAAUAAAAUAUUUUAUGCAGUGCACGAAUAACCACAUAAUUAGAAGAAAAAUAUGGACAGUGGUUAUGUUUAACCAUAAUUUCUAUUUAAUUAGUCAAAGAGAAAGAUAUAAAGUAACUGAAUUGACCGUGACGUCACUCCUCAGUAUUUCAUAGUAAUUCGUAAUUCCAUGUUAGCAAAUCGUUUUGACAGUUCUUUAAUAGAAGCUGAUUUGAAUAGUAGGAAUCUAGCCUAUUGUCGGAAUUUGAUAUGAUAGUCCAUGGUACCCGGGACGAUCAUGGGCACGAGAGAAGUAUUCUUGACUAAGGGCCAGUUGCAUCAACCACAUUUGACAGACCUAAAUAUUAAGCUAGCUGGUAGUCGCGUGUUUCGUAUAAUCCCUCAUUCGCUUGCCCUUAUCCCAUUAAUUUGGGGUCGACACUGCGUGUCUUCCUCUUUCGUACCUCUAUAUCGUCCGUCAUUUCAUUAUUCAAUUGUCAUUCACCUUUUCCUCUCCCGUUACUUAUACACGGUAAAUAAAGCGAACACAUUUCACAUGUUCACGCAUUUUAAUGGAAAUAUGUAAAGGAUAUGCUUAAUAAAAAAAUGUUUUGGCAAACAAUUUUAUUGCCUGGUCACUUAACCUAGUGUCGAAGACAAGAAUGAACUGUUCUCGAUGGGCAAAACAAGUCAUAGGAUAAAAAAAUGGUUACCAAAAAAUUAUUUGGAAAUUUUUAUCAUUUUUUAUAUGCUACACAGUUCAUUUGCUUAUGAUUGAUUCUUAAUCUAUAUCCACAUAACUUUUUGAGUAAAUUCACAAACGAGGAGUGUCUUUUCAAAAGGACUUAUUUCUAUAAGUCAACAAGGUUUCUUUUUCUAGGAAGAUAUAGAUAAAAAUAACCUCUGUUGACGUAUAGAAAUAAGUCCUUUUGAAAAGAUACUCCUCAAACAUCCUCAAGUGUGAUUCAUUUGUAUCAAAUAUAUAUCCCGAUUGCUAAUUUAUUCGUUCAUGUAGUUCAAUGCAAUCAACAUGCAUUUAAUCUUGCCGGAGAUUAAUGAAAAAUAUAGGGGUUAAACAAGUGAAGCUUUACCUGAUACAUAUUGACAAAACAUAUCAGUUCUACUAGUGCAAUCAGAGAUAUAAUAGCAUAGAAUUAGGUGUAUAAAAUAACCGAUACUACCGUACACAUUUUAUAAUAUGCUCAACUCCUUCGGACUUAUAGACUUUCCCCCUUAUUCAUAAGAAAAAGUUUACUGAACUGGUAGUUAAAGUGUUUUGUCCCUUUUUGUCAUGUUGACUUAUGUGAUUGUGAGAAAGGGA